GCCGCGGUCACACUGCACAACGUGCACAAAAUAAAAAAAAUCGAAUUACAGGAUUAUCAACAAUAUAAAACCCCCGAAAUAGUUGAUAAAAACUGAUAAACCAAAUCGUAUAAUCAUUACAGAUACUUCCGGAGACAACGUUAUUCGCGGCUAUUGGGCCAAACCGAUAAUUCAGUUUUUGUGAUUCGUUGUCAGAAUUUGGAUCGGAAUAGUAAAGAACACAGGCAGCGUUCGACAAAGCCACACAAUUUUCUCUAUCCAGAUAAAAGAGAAACUUCAGUUUAUUUAGUGGGUGAAAGGAACCACUGGGUCGCAUUUUCUGCGACGACACAUCUCGGACAAAGAACACAGAUUAUUUGGGUUGUGUGAAAAGCGAAUAAAAUAGAAGGCGACGUUUCACCACCAGAAAGUUUGGAAUCCAUCAAUUACUUACAACAAAGAAGCCAGGACAGUCAGAGCCACAAAUAUAGCGAAGCACCACCAUGACAAUUAAGCCAGUAAGCGCACCACCAAGUGCGAAACGUGUGACUGGCAAUGUGGAUCCCGAUAACACGGAGGCUCAGGUUGUGGUGGUGGAGCAGUCGGUGGUCAGCCAGACCCACACCCACAACCAUCGCAACGUAGUCAUCGAUGGACAUGGGCAGAGUCCCCAGAGGCGUGGCGAGGUCUACGACGAACUGGCACGCACCCAUCGCUGCAGUCCCCACAAGAGCAGUACCCGUUCCAAGCGACGCGACCACCACGACACGCAUGCCCAUCACUAUAAGCGCGAUCGCCUGGAGCGUGAGAAACUAAACCAUCCGGCGGUGGUGGCGGGCAGUGGAGCUCCCGGUGUAUCUGGCAGCAAGUGCAAUAGUCCACCAUUGACCUCCACAUCGGGCAGCAGUAGUCCUUCGGCGGUGGGCAGGAAUUCACCCGAACAUUUGGGGCUAGGCUGCGCCACAGUACCCAAAGCUCAGGUCCAGAUGUCCCCGGCCGCAGCAGCCGCCAAUCUGCUGAAAACAGUGGAGGAGACCUUCUCCGGCUAUAACAGCGGCGAUGAGCAUCUUCAGCCCAAGGAGCGAUUGAUUCCGGUGGAGGAAUGGCAGCGACGGGAUGUGGAGUUCGCCAAGUGCAUGGAACAGCGCGGCUACGAACUGAAGCCUGUCGAGGAGGAUGGCGCCUGUCUCUUUCGCUCCAUUUCGCUGCAGAUAUACGGCGACGAGGAGAUGCACGACGUGAUCCGUCAACACACGAUGGACUACAUUAACGAGAACCGCGAGUAUUUCGGUCAGUUCGUCACUGAGGACAUCAACAGCUACAUACAGCGUAAACGAGCUCGUGAUGCUCAUGGAAACCACAUCGAGAUCCAGGCCAUAUCCGAGAUCUACAGCCGCACCGUCGAAGUAUACUGCUACCAGUCAAAUCCUAUCAAUAUAUUUAAUUCUGAACAGUCGCAGGCAGGAUAUCCCCCACUGCGCCUGUCCUAUCAGCGCGGCUCACACUACAAUGCAAUCUUAGAUCCCUACAACGCCACCGUUGGUGUCGGCCUGGGCUUGGCUGGAUACAAGCCCGAGAUCCAAACCAAAGAGGCAGUGCGUCUCAGCGAGCAGUUGGAGAUCGAACAGACCAUGUUCGAGGAUAAGCUAAAGACAACAGACUGGGAGGCUACUAACGAAGCCAUCGAGGAGCAAAUCGCUCGCGAGUCAUACCUGCAGUGGUGCCGCGAGAAUAUGCAACGCUCUCGCAGCACUAAUACGGCCGCUGGAUCGGCCACAUCCUCAACGGUUACCUCUGCGGAGGCGCUUACUGAUUCGGAUGCCUCGCCCUCAAAGUACUCUAUGUGUGGGGGUACCGGCAGCAGCGGCAAUACGGCCGUGACUUUGACCAGCGCCAGUGGUGCUGAUGCCACAGCCCCCGCGUUUUCCCUGUCGCCUAAAACACUUAGUCAGUUUAGCCACAAGCUGCCGCCAGAGGUCAGCGAGCUGGCUGGCUACGAAAGCGAUGCCACAGAUAUGAGUAGCACCAGCUCGGUGGGACAUUACGGUGGGAAUUCAUCGCCCAGCACUGCUUCUUCAGGCCAGCGUUCCGCCAAGGGAUCCAAGUCACACCGUCGCACUACUGCCCUCAGAAAGAAGCGACGCCACGAGACUCGCGAGGCGCCGCUGGCCGGCAAGAGCGCCGAGGUUUCGGAAGCUCCGCUGAGAAAGAGUCCCAAGCGCGAUUCUGUUCCAUCUGUGCCUCGCGCUGACACGCCGGAGGCUGAGCAGCGACCGUGCACCUCGAAGCAGUCCUCCCACUCGCCACAGAAGAGCGGAGACGCCAAGUCGCCCAGGGAGCAGAGUUACUCCAGCUUCUACCAGGAGUUGCUCGAGGCAUCCUACGCCAAUGAGGGAGUUAACGAAAGCGAGAUGCUGCAGCAGGCGAUCCAGAUGUCCACACGCGAUUACAUGGAAGACCAAAAACGAAAGUUUCUCUGCGGACCGUAGGUGUUGGCCUAUAGACACGCUUCGUUCUUUGUACAGUGAUUUAGCAGUUCUUUUCGCAACGAAAACGAAACACAAAACUUACCAAAAAAAAAAAACAAUACGCAGAAAUUAUCUACGAUCUUGAAUGUUGAUAAGUGGGCGUGAAACGAACUUUGCACAUUUUGCAGGGAGUAAUCGGUGCACUCCGCUUUUACACAUUUACACUCUCACAUAAAUCUAUCCUUAUAAAUAUUAUAAACAUAUAUAUUUUUAAUAAGGCCUCGUUGUAUAAUCAUUAAAACCCGAAUUAUAAAUCCAUGAAAGAUUCAUCACAGAAUUUACUGAUUUAAAUGUGUAUAAAGCACAAAUUUUGAUAAGCUGUCAUGUCCGCUUUUCUACCAUAAAUGAAUACCCCUCCAUGUCACGUUCCUUUCCCCAUAAAAUUAAUGCCUAUUUUGUAAUACAUCAUAACGUUAAGCCUAGUAGAGUACGCACGCAAUGGACGGUAAAUCAAACCUGCUCGUACAUAAAUAAACGAUAUAAAACUAACACAUACAUAUACAGAUAAUAAUACGGAUAACGCUAAUGAUUAAUUAUUUAAUUGACUACAAUAAAUGGUGCAUAAUAAUCGUAAUUUAUGAGUACUUUAAAUAAAGCAAAUAAAUAACCCCAAAAAAUAUA